AUGGGCUACAAGAUCCCCGGGGCAGCGAUGGACCGCGUGAGCCUGCUAUGGCGACUGCGGCGUCGCGCCCGCCGCGGCGCUCUUUGUAUGGCGUUCUUCUGCGUCUCCAUGGCGAUGCUCUACGCCUUGUGUGCCGAGAACAGCGUGCCCGUCACCGACGCCAUUUUCGGCGCACGGGCGCGGACCCGGGCCCAGCCUCGCACGCACUCCGUCGUUAAGGUGCUGCGAGGCAGCGCCAAGAUGGCGUACGUGGACCCCAAAAAGCUUCCCGGUGUGGUCCUCGGAAACCCGCACCACCCUAUCCCUGUGCUCUCCUCCCCCAACCGCACACUAGAGCCCCGGACCCCCGAACGAAAGCCCGCCGCAACCCGAGGCUUCCUUGCGGGCAUGCUGCCGCGGCCGCUCCUGCGGGCGCUGGACACCCUCUUCGGGGUCCGCCGGCGAGGCCGGACCAGUGGCGGCGACGCCGAGUUGUUUGAGCCCGACGGCCUUCUUGGAAAGGUGUGGAACGAAAACAUGUCAAGUAGCAUGCUGGGGAGCAGGCUGAAGAAGGUGGUCAGCAACUAUAGGGCGAUGAACAAAUUUGGCGUGGAGCUGCCCAGUCGGGCAGGCGCAAGCGCAGGCGGCAAGCCGGCUUUAAGCGGGCCCGAGCUCUUGUGCCAGAUCCAACAGAAGGUGGAGGCGUCUACGCUGACGGCCGAGCUGCCGCCUUUCUCGUCUCCGGCUUGGACGUCGCAGCUGCCAACGCGGCCGCUAGCCUCCGAAGUGGGGCCAUUCAAGAGCUGCGCCGUGGUGACGUCUGCCGGCUCGCUCCGCAACUCCGGCCUUGGGAAAGAGAUAGAUUCCCACGAUGCCGUGCUACGUUUCAAUAGCGCCCCCACCGCCAGUUACGAGAAGGACGUGGGCUCCAAAACCACCCUCCGCCUCAUGAACUCACAAGUGAUGUCAUCAGACAACAACCACUUCCUGUCCAGCUCGCUGUACAGUACGGGUGUAUUGGUUGCCUGGGACCCCGCUCCUUUUUCUGCUAACCUCACAGAGUGGUUCAACCACACCGACUACCCAAUCUUCAGCCAGUACCUCCGCUAUAGGCGGCUGCACCCCCAGCAGCCUUUCUACAUCCUCCACCCACGCUUCCUCUGGCAGGUGUGGCAGCGAAUACAGGACAACAUGCCAGAACCUAUCCAGAAGAAUCCGCCAUCCUCGGGCAUGCUAGGUACAGUGCUGAUGAUGUCCAUAUGCGAGGUAGUACACGUCUAUGAGUUCCUGCCAUCACAACGAAAGACGGAACUGUGCCACUACUACCAGCGCUUCUACGACGCCGCCUGCACGCUAGGCGCCUACCACCCCCUCAUGUACGAAAAAAAUCUUGUCAAACGCAUGAACCAGGGGCUCGACCGUGACAUCUACACCCGGGGACGUGUCACGCUGCCCGGAUUUAGCAGCCUCGCUUGCAACGCCACGCCUGCAGGUUAA